UGACUUGGGUCUUAGGAUGGCCUCGCUCUCGAUGCCAGGCACCACCGCCGCUAACAAGGAGAACGUCGCUCCACGUGGCCGCUUCCCAACACCACAAUCUCUUGAGCGCCUUCACAAACCGUUCAAAUGCCCCGGGUUCGCAACGCGCACGGUGGCCACCGAUCGUCCCGCGCGGAAGCGAAGGAAGAUCGACUACGCCGGUGCAGACGGCGAUGCGGACGCUGACAAGCCCUACACAAACGCUGACCGGCUUGCUUUGGCAACCCGAGAGGCCAACAAGUUUCCCGUCUUCCAGGCCAAGGACAAGGAUAAGGUGUUUCGCAAGGCCUUCACCGUGCCCUUUCUCAACAAGGACCAUGCCGCAUACAAUCCGAAUCGGCCGCCGCCGACACUAGGCUUGAGGCAAGGGGCAAUCUUUAUCCCAAAACCGUUACAUGAUCCAUGCGGCGAGUUUGCCAUCGUGCUGUACGAUCCGACGAUUGAUGACAAGCCCAAGGAGGCGCCCAAGUCCGAGGAAAAAGAAGCGGCGGCAGCGGCAGAGCCACCGUCGAAACUCGACGCACCGUUGAUGCACAAGAGUCUCGCUGAAAUCCUCGGCAUCAAGAAAAAGGUCGUGGGUGAGCAUCCGCGCGUCCCAGUCGUCAUCGAUCCCAAGCUGGCCAAGGUGCUUCGGCCGCAUCAGAUCGAGGGCGUCAAGUUCAUGUACAGGUGUGUGACGGGCAUGAUUGACGAAAAGGCAAACGGAUGCAUCAUGGCGGACGAAAUGGGCCUCGGCAAGACCCUGCAAUGCAUCACGCUCCUCUGGACCCUCCUCAAGCAAUCACCCGACGCGGGCAAGACCACCAUCCAGAAAGCCAUCGUGGCCUGUCCCUCCAGCUUGGUGCGCAACUGGGCAAACGAGCUAACCAAGUGGCUGGGCGCCGACGCUAUCACGCCUUUCGCUAUUGACGGCAAAGCGUCCAAGGAGGAGCUGACUCGGCAGCUCCGCCAGUGGGCCAUCGCCAGCGGCCGUGCCAUUACCCGGCCAGUCAUCAUCGUCUCGUACGAAACGCUGCGUCUAAAUGUCGAGGAGCUCAAGAACACCCCGAUUGGCCUAAUGCUGUGCGAUGAAGGGCACCGCCUCAAGAACGGUGACAGUCAGACGUUCAACGCUUUGAACAGCCUGAACGUCUCCAGACGUGUCAUCUUGUCCGGCACGCCGAUCCAGAAUGAUUUAUCCGAGUACUUCUCGCUCAUCAGCUUCGCCAACCCCGAUCUGCUGGGGAGCCGCCUCGAGUUCCGCAAGCGUUUUGAACUUCCUAUCCUCCGCGGCCGCGACGCUGAUGCCUCCGAGGCGGAGCGGAAGCGCGGCGAUGAGUGUCUUGCCGAGCUGCUCGCAAUCGUGAACAAGUUCAUCAUCCGCCGCACGAACGACAUUCUAUCCAAGUACCUCCCCGUCAAGUACGAGCACGUGGUGUUCUGCAACCUCGCUCCCUUCCAGCAAGCCCUCUACAACUACUUCAUCACGUCUCCCGACAUCCAGGCGCUGCUCAGAGGCAAGGGCUCCCAGCCGCUGAAAGCCAUCGGCAUCCUCAAGAAGCUGUGCAAUCACCCAGACUUGCUGGACCUGGCAGCCGACCUGCCCGGUUGCGAGCAGUACUGGCCGGACGACUACGUCCCUAAGGAAGCCCGCGGCCGCGACCGCGACAUAAAACCGUGGUACUCGGGCAAGAUGCAGGUGCUCGACCGCAUGCUGGCGCGCAUCCGCGCCGACACCAACGACAAGAUCGUGCUCAUCAGCAACUACACGCAGACCCUCGACUUGUUCGAGCGCCUCUGCCGCUCCCGCGGCUACGGUUGUCUCCGGCUCGACGGCACCAUGAACGUCAACAAGCGGCAGAAGCUGGUCGACAAGUUCAACGACCCGGACGGCGACGAGUUCGUCUUCCUGCUGUCCUCCAAGGCUGGCGGCUGCGGCCUGAACCUGAUCGGCGCCAACCGGCUGGUGCUGUUCGACCCGGACUGGAACCCGGCGGCGGACCAGCAGGCGCUGGCGCGCGUGUGGCGCGACGGCCAGAAGAAGGACUGCUUCGUCUACCGCUUCAUCGCCACGGGCACCAUCGAGGAGAAGAUCUUCCAGCGGCAGAGCCACAAGCAGAGCCUGAGCUCGUGCGUCGUCGACUCGGCCGAGGACGUCGAGCGCCACUUCAGCCUCGACUCCCUGCGCGAGCUGUUCCAGUACCGCCCCGACACCCGCAGCGACACCCACGACACCUUCAAGUGCAAGCGCUGCCGCCCGGACGGCCGCCAGCACAUCAAGGCCCAGGCCAUGCUCUACGGCGACACCAGCACGUGGAAUCACUUUGUCAACGACGGCUUGAAGACGAUCCAGGAUCAUCUGCUCAAGCAGGAGAGCGGCGAGCAGGAGGUCAGCGCCGUGUUUCAGUACAUUUCUCACUAGUAGGUGGCUUGCAGAGUCGGGCGGUUUCUGGUCGUGGUCAAUUGCUUCUUCAGGAAGCGCGUGCUUGCAUUGCUGUCUGUGGUGGUGCUCGCGGGGCGGCUCAUCGGAACGCCCCUGGCUGCGAAGGAAUUGAAGCGUUGCUUGUUGUUGCUAGAUG